AUGACGCGUCUGCAGUGUCCACUCAAAUCCAAUCGCUCUGGCAUAAUCAGCGUCAAGUGCUGGAUGGAGAACAGCAAUUCGUUUAGCAUGGACGUCAUGACGGGCAGCAUGCAAAUAUUGAAGCUUAUGGGCAUUUCGCAGCUGCGUCUGCACAACAGCCUUAUGAAGAAUACAAUGAAUCUGAAGGGCAUACGCUUGGACAUUUGCCAAAUGUUGAGCUCAUCCAGUCGACCGUCCGUACAAACUUUUCUCUACAAAGGCAUCACAGGCACGCAGAACAAUUUGCCCAAAAAGUGUCCAUUUCGACAAAACUUUAUGUACUCGCUGCAUCAUAUGACAUUCGAUGCCAACUACUUGCCCAACUAUUUGCCGGAAUAUAAUUACACAUUCAUUGGCAAUUUCUAUGCGGGCAGUGUUAACUCCUUUCAGGUUCAUGUGGAUGGCUCGUUUUGUAGCAUAGGCAAUGAUUGCACUGGGCGCGCUAAUAAUACAAAAUGA